AUGAAUCAAGCUCCAAACACAUCUCCCAAUAAUUCUCUUCUUACUCCAAGUAGUUCCGAAUCAAAUAAUUCAAUAAUUAAAUCGACAAAUUUUACCGGUUCAGUGCCUACUUCACGUGCUGAAAUACGUCAUAAGAGUGAAAUUGAGAUUGAAGUUAAACAUGAAAAGCAACGGCAACUAAAAUCAAAUACAAAUAAUAACAAUAAUAACAACACUUCACCGUCAUCGACAUCGUCAUUUCCUCCAGUUUUACGACCGACUGCUUCAACAAACAAACGUACGCCUACAAUACUUUUUGAUGAACAACCGACACCACAACAGUAUCAAUCAAUCAAACGUCGAAUUGUCACGAAUUCCAUCCAAACUCAAACUCCACCGUUACAAUUCAAUCCGCACGAUCAUCAAGCACAACAGCAACAAUUAAAAGCGUUGACGGAUGAAUCUUUAUCAAAAAACGAAAAGAUCCAAGCGAUCCUACGUGAACUUAAUGAUUGUCAGAUUUUUCUUUUGUCUUCACAUCACGCAAUAAUCAAACAGCAGGAACAACAAUUGGCGAACGGCAAGAAAGACCGUGAUCAGUUGUGCUUUAUUGUUGAUGAACGUUCGAAUGAAUUACAUAAUCUAAAACAAAAGAAUGAACAAUUGGAGCAAAUGAUAAGAAAUGAACACGAGCACAGUAACGACGAAAAGAAACUCUUAUCUUUACUACAAGAAUCUCAAGAGGAACGCGAUGAGUUAUUAAGUCAACAGCGACAAAACCACGAACGUAUGCAAAAGUUAGAAGAGCAAUUAAAACAUUACGAGGGUGAUGCGGCCAAGAUGCGUGAUAAUGUUUUAUGUUCGAAAAUCAAACUUGAAAAGAAAGUAGAUGAUAACGAGCGUCUAAUUAGUGAGUGUACCGAAAUGAAGAAAUUUUGUGAACGUUUCGAACAAGAUAAUCAAAAACUAAAAGCACAAAUCGAAAAUGAACGAAAAAAAGUCGAAGAAUGUUCCAAAUCGAAAACGAUAACCGAAAUCGAGCUACAAAACAUGCAAGAUAAGUUACGCUCACAACGCUAUGAACAUGAGACCAAAAUUGCAACAUUGGAUGACGCAUUGAAAUAUGCUCAAAAACAAAAUCAAACUUUACAACAAAAUCAACGUACAAUGGAAGAUAAACAUGAAAAAGAAAUUCAAGAAUUAAAACAACAUAUCAACGAAUUGGAAAUGAAGAUCGAAGAAGUUAUUAAAGACAAAGCAUUAGCUUCGAUACGCUGCGGAGAGUUGAUGGAAGAAAAUCGGCGAUUAGAAAAGGCCUUGAUUGAUAAAGAAGAUGAUUACGAAGAGAAAAUUGCUGAAUAUCGAGAGAAAAACUCGUUAUUAUCGACACAGAUCGAUGAAGUGGAGAAAAAACUGGCGGACACAAAGAAACAACUGGAAUUAGUAACAAUUGAAAAGGACGAAACAUUAGCUGAUAUGCUCAUUGCCGUGCGAGUAGCAAGUGAAAUGCGAUACGAUGCGGAGGAUCGUUUGAAUAAAGCAACGGAUGAUUUAAAACGUGUUACAGAGCAUAUUGAACAAGAAAAAGCAAUUAAUAAAGAAGUUCAACGAAGACAGAUGCAAUUGCCUUCAACAAGUCGCAAUGGUGCAAACGGAUUUUGUGAUUUCGGUCAUUUGAGAAUCAAGGAAAUGAUUCGAACAUUAGAAGCUAACUCUCGAAACAAUUCACUAACUAGUCAAAUGGAAUCUCCUGUUCGUCAGCGUCCUUUAUCUCAACCGUGCACUCGCACAGAAACGAAUGCUAUCUUAACAAACAAUCACCAGCGACAAUUCGGUACAACGACGGACGAUGCGAAACUCCUAUCCUCAGCAACCAAACACACUACAUCACCCUCAGCCAAUUGUCUGAAUAGUAGUCAGCGGUCGGAUACGGCACUUCGUUCGAUAACAAAUGAACAAUAUGAUGAAAUGAAAUCAAUUGUCGAAGCGGUAUUUGCUCGAAUGCCAGGAAGUGUUUGCAAACGUGAUGCUCUAUUGAAAUGGUGUGGAGAAAAACUAGCAAAUUACGGAAUUUCGAUAACAAACUUCUCGAAUUCAUGGAUCGAUGGUAUUGCAUUCUGUUCAUUAUUGCAUUCAUAUCUUCCAGAUUGUAUUGAUCUUGAGAUAGUUAAGAAAGAAUCUAAGAAAAAACGUUUCGAGAUCGCUUUUAAUGUUGCCAGUAGUGUUGGCAUUGUAUCAAUAUUGGAUGUGGAGGAGAUGUGCGCAUCGGAAUGGCCUGAUUGGGAACGCGUAAUGUAUUAUGUAGCACUGAUCUUUCGUCAUUUCGAGGGAUUAUCAUCGACUCAACCAAUAUCACCUGCAAUGCCAAUCCCACAAGCAACAUCAUCGCCUAUCUCAUCUUCUAACUCCUCACCAACAUUCUCAAGUUCGUCCUCGUCCUCCUCCUCCUCAGCAUCGUCUCUGUGUGCAGCAUUGCGAACAUCAAAUUCAAUUCCAACAACUCUCUGCUCAGCAUUGCAAACUGUCUAA